AUGAAAGCGAGUAGUGAUAGGGAAGUAACGGGCGGCAGUACAGUGUAUGUAAGUAUUGCUUCAUCGAAGAAAAGCAAAUUUUGGCGGAUGCUCCGAUCCUUCUUCCAACCUAAAAUCUUGAACGUGCGUGAGGGACUCCGAAUUCCGAGCACCUUGACUUCUCGACGCAGGGUCCAACCUGUGACGCACUUGCUCUUUCACACGCUCUCUCGUCCAUCACGCGCGACCAUCAUCAACAUCGAACCACACACGAUGAGGCGAAGUAUUUCUUCCGCCGAUGGCUACUCCUCCUCAUCCUCCACCUCCCCCACCACGCGUCAACGAGCGUUCUUCGAACAGCAACAGAAGAGGCGUUCUUCGCGGACACGCUCCCAUCCACCGCCGCGAGAUGGUGAACCGACGCUGGCAGGUUCGGUGGGCAAGUUGGUGCGGUUGGCCGUAUUGGCGCUGAUUCUGGCGUUAGUGGUGCCGUAUGUCAAGACGUAUUUGUGGGGUGGGGGUGGGAGCAAAGCGCUGGUGGAGAAGAAUGUGACGGGAGGGUUGGGGUUGACCGAAACGGCGUAUCCGACACAGGAGCAGGACGAGGAUCAAGAGCCGGACGUGUUCAGUUUCAAGCACGAGGACUACCUUUCCGCUGCACGAUCGGACAUGAAACACAAGCUCAAGAACGCUGCCAGUAAGGCUUCUGCUGCCGUCGUCGCUAAACCGUCAGCUAGACAGCAGCAGCAGAAACGAAAGCAAACCGCUCGAACUACACGAUCUCGAACUCAACGAAAGUCGCUCCCCCGUAAUGACGACGAUGAUGACGACCACGACGACUACGAUGACGAUCACUCCUCCUCCUCAACCACCAUCGUAUCCACCAUCACAUCCAUCUUCACCCUCCUCUCCACCACCACCACCUUCAUCUUCCGCUUUGCAUCCAUCCCAUUCAUUCACCUCUUCCAUCUCCUCUCCCACCUCCUCACCACGUCUUACCACUACACUCACCUUUCCCUAACCUCGAUUCUCCUUCCUAUACAACACAUCCUAGCACCGCUAACGUACCUCUUCCUCGGACUAUUCUUCCUGUUUGUCCAGAUACCCUUCUCACUCAUCUCUGCUGUGGUGAAAGAGCUGUAUCCGGUGUACAUCUUUUUGGGAGCUGCGAGCGUGUUUGGGAUUACCAUGGGGGUGAUGGCUGCAGGAGUGCUGUAUUUGACCGCCUAUGUGUUUGUUGAUCGGGUCGACCAGCCCAGUAGCGAAAAGGGAAGGGGCAAGCAAAGGUCGAUGUUCCAGCAGGAAUUUAGUGCAACUCAUCCCAACCAUGGAUAUCGCUAUACCAGGCAAGACGAUAGCUACUUCACAACCCCUCACGACGAGCACGCAUCUCCACUCGUCUCUCCAACUUCAAAGAGAGCGGGUAGAAGAGGCUUCGGCGGUGACUCUUUCAGUACUGGUUCCUUCCGCACUGCCGAUGUAGUUUGA